UCCUGCCAUGCCUCAAAAGUCAACAAUCGAAAGUCGCAGGUGCAACUUCAACCGCUAGCAGGAAGUGACGAACGGGCCUUGGCGAAAACGUUAUAGUUGUGUUUAAGAUUGUAUCUUUACGUUACAUUCAAACGUUGUACACACUGGAUCUUAUUAUGAAAUCAAACGAAGAUGUUUGAGGCAGCUGGCCUGAUCUUCUUGACAUCGUUUAUAUUCACGCAAUGGCACUCAGGCAGUUACGUCGAGUCUGCAUUUUGCAAUAAUUCCUUGUUUGUUUCGCAGACAAACGGACAGAAUCGUCGCACGAUCAUACAAGAUGGAGAUUUUAUGCUGCAAGGAAUUUUCUCUCAAACGAAAGGACCGGACUGUGGAACAAUGUCCAGAGAAGGCGUUGUCAAUGUUGUUGUGAUGCAACUGGCUAUUGAGCACAUUUCGCGUUCCAACAUCCUGCCUGGUUUCAAACUUGGCUAUCAGAUUGACGAUGGCUGUACAGACAUCCCAAAAGUCAUGAAAAGAGGUAUCGAAAUUGUUUCAAUGUACCGGCCUAAUUCUGUUUGUAGGGCAGACUUUAUUGACUGUAAGUCAAAUAAAACUGGGCAAGGUGUCAAAUCGAUCAAUGCUGUGGUUGGGCCAGGGUACUCAUUUCUCACAAUUCCUCUAGCAAGUUUAAUGGGACUCUACAACAUUCCACAUAUCAGCUACCAAGCUUCCAGCAGACUGUUAAACAAGCGUGAGUUGUAUAAGUCUUUUUUUCGAACAAUACCUUCAGAUUCAAAUCAAGUGCUUGUUAUGCUGGACAUGAUGAAGAAAUUUGGAUGGAAUUAUUUGGUUGCAAUUGGUAGUGAUGAUGACUAUGGUAAAUUAGGUAUUUCAGCAUUAAAAGAGGCAGCAGCAAGCCGAAAUGUCUGCAUUGCAUAUGAUGCGUAUGUUCCUAAUACAAAAGAUAAAAUGAGACCAAAAGUUGAUGAGAUUGUGAGUCAAUUAAAAGCAUUACCAAAAGCAAAGCUUGUUAUUUUGUUUACAUACACCUCAAUGGGUGAAAUGAUUUUACAGGAAGCAGAGAAAAAUAAUAUUCACAGAGUGUGGCUGACAAGUGAUGCCUGGUCUGCUACUGGACCUUCCCUGAAUGUUAGUGAACAGUGUUUAUCUGGUAUCAUGACAGUUGCAACUGAGAAAGUGAAAAUACCAACUCUUGAGCGAUAUCUUGAAAGCAAGAUCAGUAAUGAAGCAGAAUGUAACCCUUGGCUGGCCUUGUACUUGAAACAACAAUACAACUGUCAUUUUAUAAACCAAGUAGCAUCAUGCCCUGGUCAAACUCCAAGCAGCAUUAGUGAAGAGAUGCUAGCCGAUAACAGUGGAGGUUAUGGAAAUUUAUAUGAUGCAGUGUUUGCAGUUUCUCACAGUAUACAGGCCAUGUUGACAAAGAAAUGUGGGUAUCAAACAAGUAGUUAUAACAAUACUAUUUGUUUUCCAUUCAGCCCAAAAGAGUUGCUUGCUGAAAUACCCAGAGUGAACUUCACUGGAAUUUUCAGCAGGUCUGUGGCCUUUGAUGGACAAGGUGACCCAAAGGAACCCCAUUAUAUUAUCGAGAAUAUUCAAAAAAUUAAUGGAAGGUUGCAGUAUGUUCAGAUAGGAACAUGGGACAUGCUCAGUGCAAAGCAAAGAGGGACUUUAAAUCUUAACACAGAAAAGAUAAUUUGGCCAAAAGGUUUUGUUGAUUCUCGUGAUUCAAAAUGCAGCAGAGAUUGUUUACCUGGAGAGUAUGUUAAUGCUAAGACAGAAUGUUGCUGGAGCUGCCAAGAUUGUCCAGCAUUACAUGUGAGCAGUAAGAACAACUCAAGAAGUUGCAUCAAAUGCCCUGCUAGAUACCAUACAGAUUCAAAAAGGACAGUUUGCAUUAAAACUCCAAUCAUCUAUCUUACCCCAAGUUCAGGAGGUGGUGUUGCAAUACUGACAGUAUCUUUUUUUGGUAUCUUCAUUGACUUUGUCAUUAUGGGACUAUUCUACAAAAUCAGACAUUCUGUUUUAGUAAAAGAAUCACAACCUGCCAUCAUUGUAUUUUCCAUUUCAGUUCUAUUAUUUUCAUUUCUUUAUGGUGUUAUGCACAUUUUAAAGCCAAACAAUGACUUUUGCUCAGGAAGAAGUUCAUAUUUUUUUAUGUUGUUUGCCACAUUUGCAGGGAUGUUAUUAGCAUCAACGACCAUUGUAAAGGAAACUAUUACAGCCAAGAUCAACAAACAUGUAACCAUUGAUGCAUUUGUUGUUCAGUAUUUUGUUAUCAUUUUUGUCAUGCUCAUUGAGUUGGUAGCAAUAAUUGUUUGGCUAUCAGUGGAUCCAGUUGAAGCAGAUUUGUUUCCCAGGCUUGGAAAUACUGAGCUGUUUUUGGAGUGCAAAUUAGAGCUUACUCUGAGCAGAUUGAUUUGCAUCGCUCUCCCUUGUGUUGUUCUUAUUAUUUCAAUGAUUAUUGCAUUCAGAGAGAGAGAUCAGGAGCAUCUAUUCAAUGAGCCCAAAUUUCUCAGCUUCACGACCAUUGCAAUUUCAAUCAUUGUUGUUGCUUUUAUUCCAACAUUCAAAUAUGUUGUUGGUGUUUACAAAGCAAUGGUGAUGGCAUUCACUGUUGAUCUUUGUGCUUAUACCUACAUUGGAUGCAUGUUUGUUCCUAAAAUCUAUACACUAAUGACAAAUGGUUACAACCUUGGAUGUGGGCAUUCUGAAAAUGGUGUUGCUGGCAAUGAAAGCUGCAGUGUUCAUGGGAUUGAAAUGAGAGAAGGAAAGAAAUCUGUUACAAACACAGACUUUAAUGCUUCUUUAGAAGCUCAAGACAAGGUUUCUGAUCAAAGUUCUGAAGUGCCAAGACCAGAAAACAGUUCAAACCUAUCAAGUCCUGUUUCUCAAAAGAGUCUUGCAUCUCCCCGUAAACUAUCUGAUACAGGUUCUGGCAGUCACCUCAUGCCACAGAAGCCAACAUAUGUGUGAAUUUCAACAACACACAAAGAAGAUUUUUAAGAGUUAUUAGCUCACAUUCUUCAGUUUAUUUUGUUUUCCAAAAAAUCAUCAAAUGUCACUGAUUACAUAUUCCUAAUAUGACCAGGGCCAUAGCUAGAAUUGUUCUUGAUGGGGGAGGGGGGAUUCUCACCAAUAAUUAUAGAAUCUUUUUUCCCAAAUAAUAAACCCUUUUGUUCCUAUUAUUUAAAACCCCAACACCCUGCCCCAAGAUAGUUUGUGCCUUCCUAAAGUACUGAUUGAAAGUCUUUAUUUGAUGUAAUUUGAUGUAAGUCGGUCUAAAAUGGUUAUCAUUUUAAGUCUAGCAUUUAUAUUAUAUUGUUGUCACUAGCAGGUGCUAAAAAAACAUGCAACCCGUCAUAAAACUUUUAGAUUUUAAUUAUCAUUUAUCCUAUGCUCGGACGAGUUUGGUUGGUCCAUAAUAUAACAUCAUUAUUUCUACUGUAUACAUCAGCCACUGCUCUAAACCAGUAAUUAUUACAAUGAAGUUUAUCUAAUUCAACUUACAAAAAGAUUUAUGUUUCAGAAGAAGCAAAAAAUUAUUACUGUAUUCAUUAUACAUUGCUGUCCAUUGGGAAUUUUAGACUAUAUAAAUGCAUAAAUUUUAAAUCAAACACAUAUAGUUUAUGCAAGCUUAUAUUUUUUGUAAAUUGUACAACUAUUUAAUUUUAAGUAGAUCUUAUUUAUGAUUUCAGAGUCAGUUGAUCAUAAAAAAUGGUUUUUUGCCUGUAAUAUAAACAGCUAUUAUAAGCAACACAUUAAUGCUGAUAAUUAUUGCUUUCCUUCUAUGCCUAAUAGUCUUUGUUGUCUGUCCGUUGGGAAUAUGAAGAAGGGGGUGAACAUAUGAGUAACAGGCCAGCUCAGUUCAGCAAAUCUUUUUUAAACUGAGGAAAUUUCAAACUUUGAGCUAGAAAAGUAUCUAAUCGUUCUAGCCUUGUUUGAGAGAUGAAUCAUGCCUGUCUUCCAGACACUAGCCUCCAUUUCGAGGCCAUUGCACAUGCGCAUUAUCACUCGAAGCCCUGGCAGGAAGUUCAGAGAAAAUCUCUGAUAUUUUACCAAAACUGAUAAUUUCUAUUUAACGAGAAAAAGAAGCAUGCCCAAUGGAAAAGAUAACGUCAGGGGCAUAGCUAGCAGGGGUGUGAUAGCCCCCCAAAUGUUCAGGUAUUGGUCGGUAUAUCAUGCUAGUCAAUGAAAUCCUUAGCUUAGCUCGGCAGAUGGAAUGGUUACUAAAGUUUCUAUCCAUAUAUUUUUUAUCUGCUCUUCAUUCAAAUAGUAGAAUAAAUGUCAUUAUUUGCAGUAAAAUCAUUGCAAUUUGAUCAUGUAGCUACACCAUUCAGCACUAUUUUUUAUAGGCUAUAGGCUUGAAAAAACUACUAAUUUUUGGGAAUAUUUUUGGAAAAUACAGGUUUUUUGGUUUCUCUAUGAUCAGAACAAACAAGAAUUGAAUUUAAGUUUGGGAAAAAUUGUUUUCAAAAAUUUCAAAAAAAAAUUUCAAAAACAUGUAUUUGCUAGAUUUGUUUGUCUCCUGAAAAAUGCAACUUUAUAGAUGGGUUUGCUUUUGAUAAAAAGUAAGGCUAUAGGAUUGGAAAAUCAUCUAGUU